CUACAUCAAGCCCAAUGGACAACACAUUCAUAAAGGAGCGGAAAUUAGGGUUUUUGUGGCUUCUCAUCUUCACUCAACGCCUGCUUCUUCGCUUCUAACCCUCUUUAAUCGAAGAAGCCGACUGCAGAUAUGGUUGAGAAAACGAAGGGAAGGAAGGAGGAGGUGGUUAGCAGAGAGUACACCAUCAAUCUACACAAGCGUUUGCAUGGCUGUACCUUCAAGAAGAAGGCUCCCAAGGCCAUCAAAGAGAUAAGGAAGUUUGCCGAGAAAGCAAUGGGAACAAAGGAUGUCAGAGUGGACGUGAAACUGAACAAGCAUAUUUGGAGCAGAGGAAUUCGAAGUGUUCCAAGGAGAAUUAGAGUUCGUAUUGCACGCAAGAGGAACGACGAUGAAGAUGCAAAGGAAGAACUGUAUUCUCUUGUUACUGUUGCAGAAAUUCCAGCAGAAGGUUUGAAAGGAUUAGGCACUAAGGUCAUUGAUGAAGAAGAUUGAUCUAUCACACAUAUUAUCUGUUAUUUCCAACUUUUUGGCAAAAAUUUUUGGUGCAAGACUUGUUUGAGUCAGAGUUAUUCUUCAUUGUCCUUGCUUUGGUUCACUUGUUUAUUUUACUUUGAAAUCUUAGCUGAAGCAGCGUUUUGUUAGUUAUAAUAGAACUUGCAAUGCUUUUUAA